CUACGGACAGUUCGGGAGAAUGCGCAGCGCGUGUAUCGCGCGCUCUCGUGAUAUCAUUCGAACGAUUCGUUGUGGUGCAUCUUUCUAGGCUGCCCUGUCAUGCACCGAGCUGACGGCGACUGCGCGUCGAAAGUAUGCUCCCCACAUAUCACCAGCUGAAGCUUCAGCUAUGGUGGAUCCUGUCGGACCCCGGUGAAAGCAACGACAGAUACCUAGAGCAGUAUCGAGCCUUCUUCAGCGAGCAGGCCCCACUGCUGGACGUAGACGCAACAUUUUCAUUCGGCGAGGUAUGCCACAAGCAGAGCAGGAACCUUUACAAAGAAUCAAUUUACCAGGUGGAUUGUACCAUCGAGUGGCCUGGCAUCACCUGGUAUGGCCCGUCCAUUAAGCACCUACAGCUGGGUCGCGCAUGGUGCAAUGCCGGUCGUGACCAGGGGUUCAACAAAGCAUUGUUCCAGUGGCUGGUGCCAAGCCUCCUCGAGGCCUUUCAGUUGGCCAAUCACCCCCUGGACCGGAAUGUGGGCCUUUUGUCGUUCUCCUUUGGUACGCUGGCGGAGCUCGGAACAUACGUGCAGCACCAUCAGUUCUCCGCUUAUCUUUAUCGCGGCCACCGUGACUAUUGGGUGGACUCAACAUUCCAGCAUGACCAGCGCAGCCUCCACAUUGGCCUAUUCCUCAACCACCGUAGCGGGUGCGAAGAUCGAGUUGCAGAAUACCGAUUUGUCGUGCCCUAUCUCAACAUCUUGAAGGUGCUGAUAAAUGAAAAGAACCGCUUCGUCGAGCUCUACCUUCACCUCAAGAUACCGCCGAUGUUGAUGGGCAAAGUGUUGAGCGACAUUCCAGCAAGGCCUGGCAGCGCAGCGGCGUCAGCUCCGCGCUACCUUGCCAUCGGAUGCAACUGCAUCGGCGGUGCUGUGCGCAUGGCCUCCCUCUGCGGGGGCCUCUUCCUAAAGCUGAUUGUCCGGGACCACUCCCUGGCAAGGCACGUUGUUGGGCAGUUCUCUCAGCGUUGUGGCCAUGGGACACUCAUCUGCUACGCACCCAUUUGGACGUACUCGUCGAACGAUGCGGCGUUUAAGUGGAGUCACGAGGUUCAGGCCAACCUGCACAUCGCCUUCGAUGUUCUCGACCACAUGGUCCUCAUGUCUGGGUCAGAAUUCAACAACCUGGUGCGGGAGAUCGAGACUCGAUCAGAGAAGGAGCCAUUGGUAGUGUCCAGCAUCGACGCUGGCAACGUUAUGGUGUUUUUGCUUGCCUUCUAUGCUGCCUGCAGCCUGUUCCAUGACGAGAAGCCGCCACAGCUGGCUCGUGGCACCUGCUUUGUACCUUGUCUGUAA